UUCAAACACACUCCAAAAUCUCCCCCAAAUCCAAUCCCAUCUCCUCAGAAAAAUAAUAAUUGUAAUAGAAAACAACGGAGAGCGCGUAAUUCAGACACCCAGUUCUUCAAAGAAGAAGAAAAGGAGUGAAAACGAUAAUCACGUGCUUUAAAAUGUCAGCCUCAUCGCCAUCGGCGACGACGACGGCCACACCUCAUCCUCCUACGCCGUUUCAGCGCAUGGAUAUGCUGCCUAAGACACAACGCGGGCUUAAUAAGCCUAAAUGUAUUCAAUGCGGCAAUGUUGCCCGUUCCAGGUGCCCAUAUCGUUCCUGCAAGAGUUGUUGCUCAAAAGCACAAAAUCCAUGUCAUAUUCAUGUUUUAAAGUCAACUUCAGCCUUUCCAGAGAAGUCUCCGACUUCAAGCACUCCUUUGUCGGAGCAGAAGUCAACACAGUUGUCUUCGCAAGUGACACCCUUAAGGGCUCCCUCAUUUCGGCAACUUUCCAAUGCUUUUGCACAAUUUGACAAUCUGCAGGUCCGAAUGAAGAAACACCUGACACGAAAGGAUGCUAUAGCCUUAAACGAAUGGAGGUUUUCCAAGUUGAAGGAAUUCAAGGAUGGAAAUAUUGAAAUUGAAAACGAUGCUUUUGACCGGUACAUGCAGAAUAUUAGUUUACUUGAGGAAGUCUUUUCUAUAAAAUCUAUGGAUGAAGGAUCCGAUGAGGAUGGAGGGUCUAGGCCUAGCCCCACUUCAAAGGAAUAUGAGACUUCAGUGAUGGGUUCAGGUCUGAAGCUGACCCUAAAAUCCGACCCGGUGAGAACCGAUAAUGCCAGAAAGAGGAUAAAACAAAUUGUUGAUCAGGAAUAGAAAAGCUUCUGAGAACUGAAGCAAAUGAUGGUGCUAAUGAUCCAGACGACCAAAAUAACUGGACAGUAAGUUGAACAAGAUUAAAAGCUUGUGGGCUGUGAGAGCUUCAGUUGUAAGUGAUAUUGUCGACAAGUUGAACAAAGCUCGAAAUGAAGAGGAUCUAAAAUCGUGCAUGGAGAUGAAAGCACAGCUUUAUAAUCAAAGCUCGAUGUCUUCUGAGACGGAAACGAAAGAUACCAAAGCAUUUAACGAAGAGUGUAUAGAGACUCCCAGACAAGUAGCACAUCAUCUGCUCACUCGAAUCGAAAUUGAUCAAGAAACUUUCAACAAAAUCGAUGCACAUUUUAGUACCGUAGAGCAAAUUGAAGAUUUAUAACUGCUAACACAACAAUUUGUUCCAGAGACGGAUGAGUCUUAGGUUGCAACUUGUUGAGCUAUGAUUAAUGGUGGUGGUUUGAACCUCACUUCCUCUUUCUUUGUUUUAGUAACAUUGCUUAAAUUUUUUUGUUGUUAUUUAAUCUCCUUUUGGUGCUUAGUUGCUAUGUGUUGGA